GAGUCUGGCGGGGUGCCGAGGAGAGGCAGCAGGCAGCAGGCAGCGGCGAAGAUGGACUCACGCCUCUGAAACACAAGUCAACCCAGCGAGUCGUUCACGCCUCCGAAUCGCAUCGCUACCACCAGUCAAGCGUCUCGCAUCACCCGGGACGCCUUAGUUUUUUUUCGUGGCUCAUCAAUUUCUGGACUGAAGCUGCACAAAAAAGAAAAGAAAGAAAGCACCCCCAGUAACAGCAGCAGCAGCAGCAGGAAGGUUUGUGGUCGCAUGCCGCCGCUCAGCCCCGCCGCCUCUCCUGCACGGCCGGCGAAGAGGUCCGUCGUGGUAAUAAUGCAUCCAGAUCAGUACUUACCUGAACUGGUGGCCGAGAAGAACAGCUUGGACCCCUCGUUCGUGCACGCGGCGCGCCUUCUUUCAGAAGAGAUUGAAAAGAAUGAAGGGGAUGAAUUAAGAAAAGACGGGGACCCGAAGAAAUACCUAGAUAUCAUCAGCAAUAAAAAUAUCAAGCUGUCUGAAAGAGUUCUCAUUCCCAUCCAACAGUAUCCAAAGUUUAACUUCGUUGGGAAGCUGCUGGGACCACGGGGAAAUUCCAUGAAGCGAUUACAAGAGGAGACCGGAGUGAAGAUGUCCAUCCUCGGCAAAGGCUCCAUGAGGGAUAAGGGAAAGGAAGAAGAAUUAAGGAAAAGCGGGGAGGCCAAAUACGCCCAUCUGAGUAAUGAUCUUCACGUUUUAAUUGAAGUCUUUGCUCCACCUGGUGAGGCCUAUUCACGCAUGAGUCACGCCUUGGAGGAGAUAAAAAAAUUCCUAGUUCCAGACUACAACGACGAGAUCAGGCAGGAGCAACUGAGAGAGCUCUCGUUGCUCAACGGCUCCGACGAGUCGGGCAGAGGGAGGAGCGCACAGGCGAGGAGCGUACGACCAGCGACCACAGCCCCCACCGGCGGCCACAGAGGCACAGGAAGGAGUGCGGCCGCCGCCGCCGCCCCUCGGGGGACGCCGGCAGCGACACACAGCAAGCUUCCCACCUCUGUUUUAACAAGGGAGGGGCAAGCACCGAGAACCAGGGGGGCAGCAGGGAAUGCAGCAUACAGGCCCCUGCUGUUAGCUGUCACACACGAAUCAUACGACGACUAUGGCUACGACGACGGCUAUGGUGGGGAAUAUGAUGACGAGAGCUACGAAGCAUAUGAGGAUAACUACAGCAAUCAGUCAAAGAGCAUUUCAGAAUAUUACGAGUAUGGACACGGGAACAGUGAUGAAUCCUACAACAACUAUGAGGAGGAGUGGGCGACCACCCGUCCCAGCCCCAAAGCUCCAGUUUUACGGCUGACAAGAGGGGGCUACAGAAAACAUCCCUAUGGUAGAUACUGAAGGUGCUCCAGAUAUGUGACCUCCAAUUUUAAACUUUUUCUAAAUAUAUUUUUUAACUCCUCAUAAAAUGUUGUAACGUCUGCUUUUUCUGUUUGACUCCUGUAGAAAUUGAAAUAAAAAUGAACCCCCAUAAAGCCCAAAUAAAUAAAUAAAAAAUGUAACCAAUUAUUUAUUCAUUCGGUUCUUUCUCGAUUAUCUCAAUUUUAGAUCAGAAAUGAAAAGAGACAUUCAUCCAUAUUCAUCCGUGCACUGAUUAUUUGAUUUCUCUCAUUGCACCCACGUUCAUCCCCAAAAAUUACCAUAAUCUUUUUGUUUUCGACAUUAAACUGCAGAUUUUGUUUUCCAACUUACGACUUGGAUGUUGACAAAUUACGUUCAUGUCAUUGCCUUUAAUGCAGUGAUUAUCAAGGUUUAUUAGCCAACAGCUGUACAAUACUUUUGCCAUCCCAGAUGCUCAGAUUAGAAUCCUAAUGUUGCAGCACACAACAUGGACUCAAAGUUAUCAGCCUGAUUUUGUUGUGACACUGUGAGACGUCCCACGGCAGACAAGAACAAGACACAAAAGUCAUUUUAGUUGCCCAUGCAGUUUAACAAAUACCUUUAAUUGCUCUCCUGCAAGUAGAACCUCUUUUCAUAGUUAAAUAGCGUACAAACCCAGCUCAGCCUUUUGUGGCAAGAAAGAGACUUUAACCAGAAAGAGCUGCAGGGAAAAUGUAACUUCAAAUUUAAGAGGAUUAUUUCAACCUCCAUCACCUUUCUCCACAGUUGUGUCGGUCUGGCUGUGGGCUCAGUCUGGUUCAAGUCGCUCUUGUCCAGACUAAUAACUUCUAGUGAAAACAUAACUUCUCCAGAUAAAAACUUUUUCUAGUUGCGGCUUUAAUUUUUUGCAGGAUUUGAAAGAAAAAAAAGAAUGAUGAUGAGAACCUCACAGUGCAUUGAACAAAACGGAUGGAAACUGAACCGUUUCCAGAAAUGAAUGCAAAGUGACUAAAUGACCUGAAAGUUUCUUAUAUAUAUAUCUUUAAUGUUCAGAAAUCUAAAUCAAACUUUAAGUUUUCCCCAUAACUAAUUGUCAUAUAAACCUCUGGUGAUUUCAUUGUAAAACAGGGUUGAUACCACCAAAUAAAGCCUCAGUUGUGACUUUAAAUUCUAUGAGAUGUGAGAUCAUUAUCGUGCAAAACACAACUCUUUUGUUUGGUUUGAAAGCAGUCAUUAAUGUACAGUGUGUCAUUUCUAAUGCGUGCUUUGUCCUGUGUGUAACCUGUAUUUGUACAUAAAGCAUUUAAUAAAAAUAACAUAAACCUCAA